UGGCCAACUCACAUAAAACUUUUGCUUUGCGCCAGACAUUUGUUUUGACAGAAAAGUUUGAUGUACGCUUUUGCAUGAGUACGUUCACAUAAAAGUUUUAGACGCGAAGCCAGGCAAAAUGUUGCGCAACUCCUAUCUUUUUACUCUUUGCCAAGCUACAAUCACCACUUUCAUUAGAGAGAAGCACUGAAAGCAAUGCGUUCAUUGUGGAAUACCUUAUGUUUUCUACGCUUCGUUGUUCAGUAUGAACUGUCACAUAAAGCCAGAAAAAUUGUGUGUAAAUAGGCCUAACUGUCAUUGUAGUUUAAUACUCUAUAUUUUUUUGUGGUAUUGGCAAGUUAAGUUAAAAACAACAUUGUAUACAAAAAUAUAUUGAAGAAAAACACUUUUCGUUUAAAAAAAUAAGUCAAAAUCAAAGCAACGAUCAAUAAAAUCGACAUAUUGAAUUACUUCAGACGUACCUAAUUCCACAUAUAGUAUAUUUUCAUAUUAAAAAUCUAUUAUUUUUAUAGUAGUGCAGCGGUAAAAUCAGCAAAAUUUCGUAGAAAUAAACGAAAAAAUUUGACGUGCGCUUUGCGCGAGUGCAAUGAAUGUGAGUGGGGCGCAGAGAUUGGCAAAUAAAAACCCUCAAAAGUAAAAAAUUUCAGUACAACAAAAGUUUUUGUAAAGACAAGGUGGACGGAGGCAGUUCGUAAACAAAAAGUAUAUUGGCUACAGUUUACUACGUGCAUUCACAUAAUUUGAAUUAUUUGUACCAAGUUAAUGCAGCGGCCGGUGUAAGCAAACGUGUUGCAUUGAUAUAUAUUGCCAUCUCUGUUGCUCAAGAGCGUUGGAGUGGCGAAAACACUUUGUAGGAGAAUAAGAGUAUAACAGAGUAUACCGAUAUCAAUGCUUUUUGUUUUGAUAGUUCGUUGAACGUGUCACGAAGGUGCAAAAGAGAUAUCAAGUGUGUUUUUGGGCGCAUACUUUGACAGCGAAACAGUGGAAACGUACAAGGUAGAAAAAUAAUUCGCUUUACCUGGGACGGACAUAUUUCGCUUAGACCAUUUUGAAAAAAUAAAACAUGGCUGUAAGAGGUGGUUUUGAUCACGCUAGAAACUAUGGGGACCGUCCGGGGAAGCAGUUACCAACGGAACCUCCAUUUAUAGCGUACGUCGGAAACUUGCCACAAGGGCUGGUCCAAGGGGACGUAAUAAAAAUAUUUCAAGAUUUUGAAGUAAAAAAUGUCCGUUUAGUUAAAGACCGGGAAACGGAUCAAUUCAAAGGUUUUUGCUAUGUCGAGUUUGAAACUUUAGAGAAUUUGGAACGCGCUUUGGAAUGCGAUGGACGGAUCAAAUUGGACGACUUAUCCGCGCCGCUUAGGAUUGAUAUAGCUGAUCGCAGGAAAAACGAACGAGGAGGCGCUGGUGGUGGUGGAGGCUUCAAUAAACGCGGUCCGCCAAGACAAGGGGGCACUUCUGGAGGUGGUGCCGGUGGUGGUAAUCAUCAGUUUAAUCGUGGAAGCGGUGGUGCCGGGGGUGGUAAUCGAGGCGAAAAUAGAGAUCGUCCAGCGAAUAGAGGCCGGUACGGCAAUUUUAACAAUGACGAUCGUUUUGAGCGAAAUCAUGAUCGUAAUCAUCGCGAAGGAAGUUUUGGCGCUCAAAGCAGGGAUGGAGGAAACGAUCGUUAUAAUAAUUUCAGUAGGAACAGAGGAGAACGUGAUCGCGAACGCUCAAACUUCAAUCCCAGUCAUAAUGACAGACCCGCUCCGGCUGCUGCCCCGUUAGGCAGUAUAGAUGAUAGCGAGAGGCCACGGCUUAAUCUAAAGCCACGGACCAUACAAGCGCCAAUCAAUGCACUGGCUGAGACAAAGCAAUCGGCCGCGAUCUUUGGUAAUGCCAAACCUCGUGAAGAAAAAUUUAAAGAAUUGCAGGAUGAUACUAAGGAGCAGGAGGAUGCAGACGACUAAAGAGGCAGUAGAAGAGAAUUGUUUUUUCAUAUAAAUGCAAAUAGAAAGAAAAUAUAAAGCACCAAACCAUAAGGCAAGCAGACAAAGAAUUAAACUUCAAUAUAAAUGGCUAAGAUUAGCGUAAAAACUUUAUAUGCUAAAACUAUAAAAACAGCGACAACAGCAAACGUAAAAAUCCAAAAUAGAACAUUUAAUUUUUUUCUUAAGUGACAUUUUUUGCGGAAAUGGAAGUGAAAAUAAAAAGGAAAAAGUAUACUUGAUAACAAGCAGACAAGGAGAAAAAUUGUGCGAAUUGAAAAUAAACAAAGAAAGAAACAGUUGAACGAAAGUAAUUGUGCAAAAGGAGAAAAACUCUCAAAUAAAUAAUUAAAAUAAAUUUACUAAAACAUAAGUUGAACUAACGCGUUAAUGGAAGGAUUCGGCAGCGACAGAGCAAACGGGCGCGAGUGUGUUUAUAAAAGGACUUGUAUUGCAAAUAGCUAGCAGGCCUAGUAAAGUCUGGUGGAUUUGAUAAUAGAAAAACUGAAGUGGCGCGUGGUUCGUGGCGACAGCGGAUAGAACUGAAAAUUGAUAUAAAUUGUGACGGCAAAGCGAAUGACGACGUGUAUGAAAAUAAAAAGGCGUUGAUUUAAAAUCGAAAUUACAUGGAAUUAAACACUAGAUAUUUUAAAAUAAAAAGGCGUGAAGCAACAAAAACUGAUUAAUUUAAAACUCAAUACGAAGCAAGCUGCAAAAUAUAAAAGCCUAUUUUAAGAAUAUAUUUAAAAUAAACUAACUAAUACUUAUACUUAUAUAUUAUAGAACUGUAGACUACCGCAGACAACUAAAAAAGCGAAAACAAAAAUAAGCAAAAGCAAUACGAAGGAAACAUUUGCGUAAAGUUAUAAAUUUAAAAUUACGGGGUAGAAAGAGCAGAGUAAAAAUAAAUAUGAUAUAAACCUUUUCCCUCCUCAGAUUAGAAAAACAACAAAGGCAAGGUAAUAAUAAAGCGCUACACAUAUUAAACAAUAAACACACGCAUACAUAAACAAUUAUAUUAACUAAAAUACCAUAAUAUUAAACCUUCAGCAAACAUACUUACAAGAUCGUGACACAUUUUAUAUGCGAAAACUUACAUCCACAUACUUGUAUAAUUGGUAUUAAGCGUUAGUAAUAGAACAUAAUAAUAGAGUACUCAAGCACAUUUGUCCAAAAAACGAUUUACAAGCUGUGAGAAGUAGAUUGCAAAGAACAACAAAACGGAGCAAGUGUAAGAGAAAGAUUGAAUAACAAAAACUCUUUUAUAAAUUAUAGCAUGCUGGUUUCAGCUUGCUUGCAAAGUUGAAAAUCAUAUUUCCCACACCAUAAUAUACAUUGAGAUUUUUGAAUUAUCAAAGUAUAGUCACGUUUGCCAAUAAUACAUAAUACAUUCGUGCGCCUUCGAGGAUCAUUAAAAUUGCCCUCCAACUCCAAUCCAAACUAAAUACAACACGCAGAUACAGAUGUAUAUGUAUUUCCACACCCAAUAUACAACACUAUACAUUUAUCAACUUAUUUUCCGUAUUUUACUAAGCCUAUGAUUUAUACACAACCGUUUCUUUGCAUAAUUAUAAGAUCAUACAUUAAAACUCGUAUCAGCAGAUCAAUUGCAAAAAAUCGUUUAUAUUAAGUUUAUCAUAUAUCUGACUGGACAACCGUUUUCCGAAUUGCGAUUGAAAUUUAUAUACUCUUCAGCAUAUUCGAUCCCAAUAAACCUUCGAAACCUUGCGCCCCACUCUAUAUCAAAAAAUCCGUUCCACUUUUUGUGACUGUCCCUUUUUUUAUCUAAUCAUCGAUUUUGCACUAUUGUUA